AUGUUUGACCCCCUAACUGCACCAGCUGUGUCAGUGCAUUGGCUCAUGCACAAAGUUGACCCCCUAACUGCACCAGCUGUGUCAGUGCAUUGGCUCAUGCACAAAGUUGACCCCCUAACUGCACCAGCUGUGUCAGUGCAUUGGCUCAUGCACAAAGUUGACCCCCUAACUGCACCAGCUGUGUCAGUGCAUUGGCUCAUGCACAAAGUUGACCCCCUAACUGCACCAGCUGUGUCAGUGCAUUGGCUCAUGCACAAAGUUGACCCCCUAACUGCACCAGCUGUGUCAGUGCAUUGGCUCAUGCACAAAGUUGACCCCCUAACUGCAUCAGCUGUGUCAGUGCAUUGGCUCAUGCACAAAGUUGACCCCCUAACUGCACCAGCUGUGUCAGUGCAUUGGCUCAUGCACAAAGUUGACCCCCUAACUGCACCAGCUGUGUCAGUGCAUUGGCUCAUGCACAAAGUUGACCCCCUAACUGCACCAGCUGUGUCAGUGCAUUGGCUCAUGCACAAAGUUGACCCCCUAACUGCACCAGCUGU